AUGCUUUUAGGUUUGAUAUCAGCAUAUUCAACAAUCCACGUCAAUUAUUCGGUUAUGACGUACUCUGAGAAGGUCGAGUACGUUACUGGUUUGGUCGCUAAGAUUAGUGACACGUCGGUCAGUACUACUGUUCAGUUAUCGGCUGCCAAGCUGCUUUCUACCUACUUUGCUGAGCAGCCUCCUACUGACAUUCCUGGUCUCCUCUAUCUUACACACUGUAAGCUGGACCAUAUUUUGUCUAAGUUCAAGGAACUUGGUGCUACCUUGGAUCUCACUGACCUCAAAUCGUUCCUAAAACGGAUCGAUGCCUCACUGUCUUCCACGCCUGGGUCUGUGUUCACGGUGACUACUCUCUCCUCUGCUGGACUGAAGUCUCACCAGAAAGCUCCUGCCACCUCUCCUAUCUGGAAUACCCGUUGCUAUACGUGCUCUGGUAAGGGCCACCGUUCGAAUGUUUGUACUUCCCCUGUUCUCAAGUGUACCAAUUGUCUUGGUAAUGGCCACAAGGCCACUAGCUGUCCUUCUCCUGUUCGUACUGGACAUUUCCUGUCGUCCCGUACCUCUCUGUCUCCUCGUGUUCAUUCUUUUUCUACUGCCGCUGGUGAUGCCUUUGCAUCCACCCCAUCCACCCAGGCGUAUUCCCUCAAUGUAUCCCCUGUUGAAAUUCAGAAGCAUUCAUAG